UGUAUUGCCGCUGGCGCAUGCUCAUUUAAAAACAAACACGUAUUUCGCACCAGUUUACAUGGAAGGCUGGGUGUAACAGUUCUCCAUAAUCGGUUUCAAUACAGUACAUACUUAAACGGUGCCUGUGUGCUCACAGGAAAGAAGUAUUUAUGUUGUUUCAGCUCUACUGUACCAACAAAGGACAUGAAAAAAUUGGUGACGUCAGCCUGUGAAGGAUUUCCUCUUCUCAUGAGACCAUCACUUUUGUAACUUUAACACGUUGCCCUGGAUAUGUGCAGUCUUUCUUAAUUUAUUCCACGUAUUAAAUUAACAAUUGCACGCAUUUUGGAUAUUCUGUGUUUUUUGUAUUUAUUUAUUUUUAUAUAUAUAACUGGUGGCUGAUUCUGUGUGGUAGUGCAUGGCAUUACCAUUUUUUUUUUUUUUUGAAAACAAGGAACGGAGAUGAAGUACUGUACUGCUGUCGCCCAGCUCGUUUUGCUCCUAACUUUACUAACGGGACCUCCUUCUGGUAAAGCAGAAGAAGCCUCUUGUCAUGGAGCAUUUGAUCUUUAUUUUGUGUUGGACAAAUCUGGCAGCGUAGCAGACAACUGGGGUGAAAUCUAUGGAUUUGUAGAGCAACUCACUCAAAGAUUUGUAAGCCCAAGGAUGAGGUUGUCAUUUAUAGUGUUUUCAUCAAAAGCUGAAACCAUGAUGCCUCUGACUGGAAACAGAGAUGAAAUUCACAAAGGGCUUGAUCAAUUGAGCAAAGUGAUCCCAGCAGGUGAAACGUAUAUGCACGAAGGGAUCAAACAGGCACGGAUACAAAUAGAAAGGGAAGGGGGUUUGAAGACAUCCAGUAUUAUUAUUGCCCUUACAGAUGGGAUACUGGUUGAUUUGCUGCUGCCAUAUGCAAAAGAAGAAGCAAAAAAAGCAAGAACUUUGGGUGCAAGAGUGUACUGCGUAGGAGUUAAAGAUUUUGUUGAAGAACAGCUUGCAGAGAUUGCUGACACCAAAGACCAAGUCUUCCCAGUCAACGAUGGAUUUCAUGCUCUUAAAGGCAUAAUUAAUUCAAUUUUGAAGCAGUCCUGCACUGAGAUUUUAAGCGUUGAACCCUCAAGUGUUUGUGUCAAUGUGUCAUUUUCAGUUGUUUUAAGAGGAAACGGCUUCAAACUUGGUCGAAACAGAGUUACUUGCACCUUUGUUGUCAAUCAAAAUACAAUUAAUGAGAAGCCAAGUGAAGUGCUGGAUAAUUAUCUGGUCUGUCCAGCGCCCACGCUACAUGAAGUUGGACAGACGAUCGAUGUGCUGGUUAGUUUAAACGAUGGCCAGUCCUUCAUAUCAAGUGCUGUUACAGUCACUGCCUCAUCUUGUUCUGAUGGUACAGCUGUCGCCAUUGUCUUUCUGGUGUUACUCAUCUUGCUUGCACUUGUACUAAUGUGGUGGUUUUGGCCCUUGUGCUGUAAAUUGGUUAUUAAAGACCCUCCACGACCACCACCCCCAGCUCCAAAACCUAAACCAGAAGAGGACCCACUGCCAAACAAGAAAUGGCCAACUGUAGAUGCCUCUUACUAUGGAGGUAGAGGUGCUGGUGGGAUAAAACGCAUGGAGGUUCGCUGGGGAGAAAAAGGAUCGACUGAAGAAGGUGCCAGAUUGGAGAAAGCUAAAAAUGCUAUAGUGUGUGAGCCAGAGAACACUGAAGAGCCAAUGCUAAGGAAGCCUGCCAGACCUCUCCCAACACCCCAAACUCCUGAAUCAAAAUGGUACACCCCAAUCAAGGGUCGUCUGGAUGCUCUGUGGGCCUUGUUGCGGAGGCAGUAUGACAGAGUGUCCUUAAUGCGCCCACAGACGGGUGAUAAGGGUCGAUGUAUAGACUUCAGUCGUGUUCAGAGCCAGUAGAAGAAGACUAUUUGGGCACAUUCACUGCAUUUGUAACUACCUACUGAAGACAGCAGUAAACCAAUUUCCAGUUUACACAGAACCUCACUGCUUUGCCUUAAAACCACUGGCCUUCCUUGAAUGUGUGUUACCUCUUUUAGAUUCUUCUGCUUUCUUAAGCACCUUUAUUAAGCUUUUCUAGCCUAAUAUCCUACUGGUUUUAAUGAUGAAAGGGCCAUCAAUACACCAUCAGUACCACUCUGUGCCGUUUGGUUUUGCGAAACACUUUUCAUAUUCUGCCAAUGUUGUGCCUUCUGUGGAAAACCUAAUUUCAUAGACACAGACAGCAGCGAUUUAAACAAAACAAAACAAAAUAAAAUAAAAAAAAUCAGAGAUAAAAAGAAGCUGGUUGCUGCUAGCAAGGAAAUAAAAAUAAUCCCAAUGGGCCUAACAAGUACAAAAGUCUGUUGCCUUUUGGCAGCGUCUCAUCACAAAAUCUUUCUAGCUCCACCAUCAUUUAAUGCCUAGCGGGAGUGUUCUGACUGAAAAUCUUGUCAUUUUAACACUGAAAAGUGCACACGCAUGACAAAAUGUAGACAGGAUGCCCCAAGGUAUUGGAAGCAGCAAGAUUUUUCCCUUUUUGAAGACACCUUUCUUUCAUUAUGCACCCGGGACAGAAAAAUUAAUAGAGCGUUAUUGUACUGCAAGACAGUCUGUAACCAAAGAUCUUGGGCAGGGUUUGAGGGGCUGUUACUUCAAGACCUUGACAUGGUGGCUGGUGUUUUAUUUUCAUUUUUGUUACCACUGUAAGUUCAGUAACGUAUAAAGCAUCAUCAUCUAUAAACAUAGCUAUCAGUUUUAGGAUUCUUUUAAAAUAAAAAUACAGCAGUCUUAAUGCUGGUAUCUCCACUGUUUCAAAUCUCCAAGGGUCCCUCCGCGUCACAACCCAGCAACUCUCUUUGCAUGAGAAUCUCAAAGUUUAAUUAAUAUAAUUAAAGGCAACAGCAAGCAGCAGCCUGUGAAGAUUUUGCUCAUCUUUUUUAUGCCUUUUGACAUUGAAUGACCUAUUGCUGUAUACGCAUUACUCAGAUUUUGAGGAAUACCACCAUGUCUUGGUAACGUUAAGACAGGUCUCGAAUAAUAAUAAAAAAAAAAAAGCAAAAUAGAAACAAAAAAGGGCACUCUAUUGUUCAUUUUCAGAAAUUAUAUCCAUAGAGCAGCACAGGCCCUUGCAAAGACAACGGGCGAUGUGUUUAAUGUAAAAUUUUUGAACCGCCCUGUCACGUCGGCAAUCCCAAAUGAUGUUAGUGUGAGCGGAAACCUCCUUCUGUGCGGGAGGAAGGAGGCAGCAGCUGAAGAAAAAGGCUUGAACGAUCUAGUCACUUUCGAUACGGUACUUCAGAUGCAAAAUGGAUAUUCGAGUCGAAACCUGACAAAGCGCGCCUGCUUUGAUGUGAACUGGUAUAGACAAUGACCAGUGGCUGGGUCAGUGGGAUGUCUCUCUGCAAGCAGGGAAGCUUAUCAAAUGACACUAAAAAUAAGUUCAACAACCAUCACGUUUGAGGGGAAUAGGCGAACAUUUCACAUUUGGUGGGCAUGCAAGUGCGCGAGAUGGGAAUAGCAUGGCGAAGCGUCCUGGUCUAAUUAUUCCUUUGUACCCUUCAUGGAAAUAGCAAGGGACAGAAAUGAUUCUCUUUGUCGACUUCCAAGUGUGUGUGCCUGCCGGAAGAAGUUUUUACGCAAAGCCACUUUCAGAAUCUUUUUCUUAACUUUUUUUCAUGUCAACAGUGCUAUUAAAAAGCUACUAUGGCACAUAUACACAGAAAUAAAAUGUAUUUUAUCUUGCACUUUUAUUUUCUUUUGUGCUAAUAAUGUGAAAGCAAAGGGCUGUAAAUAACCUACAUUAAUGAGCUCUUUAUUCACACCAGUCACAACAUAGAUCUUCCUCUCAAUGACAUUUCACAUAAAAUAUGGGGCUAAUUGCUGGUGGUGCCACAUCAUGGAUAGCAGCUUUUUUCUUACAUUUCAUAGCUCAGAAAAUAAAGUGUUAAUAGUUUUAUCUGCAUAUGGUAUAUAACUGUAAAAGUUUAAUACAAUCUUGCAUAUUACUGUACCUGUCACUGCACUGGGAGAUAAAGUGUGACCUUUUAUCUACCCACAAUGCAGUAGGGUGUAAACACAAGCAGCCCUUAUCAAGGGGAGUCCCCAUUAUAGAUACAUUAAGAAUAUUGUUUGUUUUUUUUUUUCACUGAAAAGCUAUUUUUCAGAUUUAUUUUUUUUUUGCUUGUAGAUUUGCAAUGAAAAAAAAUAUGUACAGUGUUUUACUGUUCUGCUGAAAUACUAUCAAAAACAGUGAAAUAAAUUGUGAGAUAAAUCUCACAAUUGUUUAUAUGUGAGAGUGUGUGUGUGUGUGUGUGUGUGUGUGUGUGUGUGUGUGUGUGUCUGUGUAUUAUUUUUUGCUCAGGAGGAAUCUGGAGGUAGAAGGGCUGUUUGUUUAACAAAGUUAAUUUAAAUCAAGUUCUACUUAGUUUAGUGUACACUGUUGUUAAAUGUAUGAGUAGAAGAUAUACAAUCUUUCUUACUGCUGAUGCAAAGUAUGUCUGGGUCACUGUCUGUAAACCUAAGCAGUUAGAAUAGACUCACUUUCAUCUCCAAUUGUCCCCUUGUUGAAAAAUGCAUGCUAAAGACAAUCUUUAAUCGGGCACAAAAAAGAUUUAUAAUGCUAGACAGGGGUGUAAUUACAUGUUGCAAAACGAGAGACUCAUACAUUGUACCAUCUACACCGCAGAAGCAUAUUUGUGGUGCACUGCA